AUGGAUGAAACAAUCAAAGAGUUAAAUGAUCGAGUUUACAAUUUGCGACAAAGACUACUAAAUAUUAAAGAAAAUGAAUCGAUAACCACACAAAUAGAAAGGCUAGACACCAGACUCGCUAAAAUUCUCAAGCAACACCCAGAAUUUGAAAAAUUAUUUGAUGCAACGAUUAGAUUUGGUAUAAGUCAAGAACAAAUACCAAAUAAAGUUGAUGAACAAGAGUCCCAGCCUGAGGAUAUACCUAACGACAUAAAAGAAGAACGAAUUUUACUAAAUUAUGCAAGUAUAAUUAAAGCAUAUCCACAAAUACAAGAAUUAGAACAAAUAAAUCCCAUGAAAUUGAUAAAUAGUAUAAAUUCAGUAAUAUCAAAUUCAAAUAUAGAAAAUACUAGAACUAUAAUAGAACAAAACAAAGAUCAGAUAAUUCAAAUCAACAAAAUUUUUCAUUCAUUAGUUUUGAAAAGUGUUUUAGUCUUCGAGAAGUAUGUUCAAUUUGUAUUACAGUAUAAUGAAUUUUGGAUUAAAGUUGAGGAUCAAAUGAAAGUUGCACUACAAGACGUCAAUAAACUAGAACGACGAAACAAUAAGUUACAUAAGUAUUAG